AUGGACGAUUAUUCGACUUGCGAAAUCUCGGACGCCCUCGUCAAGCUUGGAAGCCCACACGGCGGGUGCUUGGUCGAUAUCCACUGCAUUUCUCCUGGUCCAUACUCGGAUCUUCGGAUUGAAGGACCUGCAUAUACCGUCAAGAUGGUUCCAUUUGAUGAUAAAGUGUCUCCCAAGCCUUCUGUACACUUUGUCGAUGGCGCAAAGGAGGGCCAUGUCAUUGUGAUUUCCGCACCCAAACACGUGGGAUCUGCUGUCUGGGGCGGCCUCAUGUCGCUGGGAGCAAAGACUAGAGGGGCAAAGGGUGUCGUUAUAUCGGGUCGUUGUAGGGACGUCGCCGAGCAUCGCGAAGCUCAGUUCCCAGUGUUUGCUCGUGGGACAAGCACGCUAGGCCAAAAGCCAUUUACGCGACCAUCUGAACUCGAUGUUCCGAUUGUCAUACACUCUGAUAGUAUAUACUCAAACGACGGGGAGCAAUGGCCAGGAGUGCAAGUACGCCCUGGCGACUGGGUGGUUGCCGACGCCGACGGCGUAGUCGUCAUCCCUCUCGAACAAAUGGAACGGGUCAAAGAAAUUUGUAGCGUUUCGCGGAAAGUUGACGCAAGCUGCAAGAGAGAUCUUUUGGCUGGAAAGGGAGUAGCAGAGACAUUCAAGCUUCACCGUGGUUCGUAG